UCUUGUUCGUUUGUCUUCUUCUCCAAUCCGCACGAAUUCACUGUUGUCGAUUUUGGGGGUUUCUGUGAAUGAUUGAGAUUUCGGAUUGCUUUUGAAAUUUGUUUUCUCCACAGAUUCUCUAGUUUAUUCCUUCAUCGGGAGUGUGUGACAGCUAUAAACUCUGUAUUCUCUAUCCUCAACCACUGUCACAUAAGUUUUAUGUGUUUCAUCUCUUUUAUGCGGUCAUCAAUGGACGACUUGUUGUGGAAGCUUAUGACCGAUGCUUAGUUCUAUAUCAUUUGGAUCGAAUAGAUAACAGAGAGAAGGUUGUUUAAGCAUUGGUAUGGGUUUGCCACACACUGCUUCAGAUGAGCAACCCCAUCAAGCUUCCUCGUCUGCUUCAAGUUGCAGUCUUUCUCAAAGUUUGCCUGUAAAUGCCACUCCCUGUGAUUCAUACAGCGUUAACAGAGGCAGUGAGGGAAGCCUCUGCUCCUCCAUUGGAGAAUCUGAUAGGGAAACAACAUUGGAAAGUUUGGGGUUUAUAGAUGAUCCGUGGAGAUGCCAUCAAGAAACGAAUUAUGCAAUGGAUAAGGUUAACUGGAAUCGAGCUGAAGUUCGAAGGAUAGUUGGUUUCCAGUCAGAUGAAAGUAGCUCACCGAGUAAUGAACACACGAGUAUUACCAUUGGUGGAUCUCAUGAAGUAGAUAUUACUGGUGGAUCGUUAGUCAGGAAACGAGUAAGCUCUCCUAUUAAUACGCUUUGCCCUGAGAAAUUUAUAGGCAACCCGCUUGAUAUCAGCUGCACCAACCAACAAUUGACUUCUAAUGCACAAGAUCACAAAAAGGCCAAUAUCUCCGGGAGAUUACAUCUCUCGUCACACAAGAGUAAACUUUCAUCUAUCGUUUUCACGGAUGGUCCAUUGCUUGGCUCCAGUGAUCUGCAGCCCACAAAGGGCGUGGAUUGUUUAUAUUCACAAGUACAUGUUACAUCUCAAAUACCCGUUAACCCCAUACCAUGUCAUAAGAGUAUAUCUGUCUCUCCGACACUUUCUCUGUCACCUCUUGGGCCGAGGUUUUCCGAGAGAAUGAAAGCUUUACAAGGGGGCAUAAUUGGGAAAUUUUUCGAAGAUGGUGUUUGUGUAAGGAAUACCGCUGAAGAAACAGAACUCCAGACUGGUCAUAGAUUUAUUGGUAAUGCUAAUACUAUCCAGAGAGCGUUUUCAAUGGAGAGAGCUAUUGAAUCAGCUCCUACAUCUCCAUGUAAAAGGUUUAGUAGAAGCUUGAGUGGACGUCCCAUUCAAAGGUCAUUAGUUGGUUCUUUUGAAGAAUCCCUCUUGUCAGGAAGAUAUUCCUAUGGGCAAACUAGCCAGAAGAUCGAUGGUUUUCUUGCUAUUCUUAGUAUUGCUGGUGGAAACAUCUCUCCAAAAACACAGAAGCUUCCAUUCUCAGUAACAAGUGUUGGUGAUGAUUGCUUCUUACUAUACUAUGCCUCCAUAGAUCUCUGUGGAGGAUCUUUGCAAAACAAGUUAUGGGGUCAAAAAUUGGAAACGAACCAAAACAACUCUGAUUCUCAGACCUUUAAUAGCCGGUUGCGGAUACCUAUGAAGGGUCGGAUUCAACUGGUUUUAAGUAACCCUGAAAAGACACCUCUUCACACUUUCCUCUGUAACUAUGACUUAACUGAUAUGCCGCACGGUACAAAGACUUUCCUGCGCCAAAAGGUUACUCUAGCUUCCUCUGUUCCGACAAAAGCCAAAAACUCUAUAGAUGCAGACCAAACUCUUGCAACUAAAUCUAGCAAAAGAUCUGAUUCAGUGGAUGAAUUUCAUUCACCAAGUGAGUGUGAGAACAGCAAGUGUCGUGAGACUUACAGAGAAACAGGACAAUGCUGUUCAAAGUCUGGAGUCUUACGCUACGCUCUUCAUCUUAAAUUUCUUUGCCCUUUACGCAAGAAAGCUUCAAAAUUAGGUCAUAAGAAAAGCUUGAAUGCAGAAGAUGGAGAGAGGAGGUUCUAUUUGUAUAAUGACUUGAGAGUUGUGUUUCCUCAACGACACACAGAUUCUGAUGAAGGAAAGUUGAAUGUGGAGUAUCAUUACCCAGAAAAUCCAAGAUACUUUGACGUAACCAAUUGAAUCUACGCUUCCGAAGUUGUUCGGGAUAUUUAUAGUUACAAAUAGUAUUCUUUUUCUUUUUGUUAGAAGGAAAAAUAAAAGAAUGUUGCACAUAAAAUACAGAAUAAUCUCUAUCUAUAGCCAUAGCCAUAAGUUUAAGAAAUGGCAGUGACCCACACAUUUUCAAGUGGGUAUUGUCAUAUCACUUUAUUAUUAUUUUUUGCUAAAACGGUAAAUCUAUAAAU